CUACUGAAACAAAUAUACAUACUGUGAAAUGUCGAAGAUGGGACAAGCAAACAAACAAGAAUUCGAGCUUUUUGUGUUUUAAAAUGAAUAAUAAAGUUUAGUAGACAGUGCAUUCAUUUACCCUGUUAAUUUCUUGAAAUGGAAGACGAGACUUUAGACGCUGCUUUACAACAUGCAAUUUUAGCUUUACUUGAUGUCAAACCCAAAGAUCCGAUUAAAUUUCUCGCCUCUCAUUUCCAAAUGGAAUGUGAAACAAACCUGGUGGCCAAAGCUGUUCAUCUGCUUCAAAAUAUGACAAUUUAUCAUCCUGCUAUCGAAGAACGAUUGUUAAAAGCUUACGCUACAAUUAGUCAAUAUAGUGAAGAAGAUGGCUUAACUGGUGAUAUAUACACCGACUUAUUAGUUAAAUUAAUUAUGGAUUUACCACUGCACCAGAAAGAUAAUUUUUUACAAUACUUACAGUGUCAAAGCACUGAGUAUGUAUCCUUUGCUGUUUUUCGAUCUGGAGUUCUGAAAUCAAUUUUAUUUAAUCAGUUUGUUGAAGAAGUCAAAGUGCUAUUUUCCAAACUAUGCACGGAAAAUCAUGAUUCUGCUCCAACAUUUUUAUGCAAGAAAGCUUUGCGAAAAAUUAGCAAAUGUUUAAGUGAAGCUUCUAAAAGGCAAGUAAUGGGAACAGAUCUUCCAUGUACUUUAGGAAUUUCGGAUUGGGGAUCACCUAUACGAAAAACAAUGCAACGAAAUUUACCUGCAAGUGAUUAUGUAAAACUGGCUACAUUUCUGUCAGAAGCGGUGGAAAUAUUCUUGAGAGAAAUUCCAAAAAAGUAAUGUUAUAUUAGUGAACACUUCAAAUCCAAGUGUAUUUAUUCUCAAAACGGAUUAACCCAGGGAUAUUUCGAUAAUUGGGAACUGGCGGGGUCGAUUCAUUUUUGGCGUAAAUAAUUUUAUUUUGGUAACCCUGCUGAUUUAUAGAACCCUAUGUUAAUAGAUGUUUCCAAUCUCUUUGUUUAGAUUUGCAAAGAAAGAUAUCUCUCGCGCAGGCACUGGAGCCAAAAAGUGAUGCCAAUAAAGAAAGAUCGCCAGAUUCCCAAUUAUCAAAAUAUCCACAUUAACUCUUUAAUCUUUUGCCACAAAUUUCCUAUCAAUUUUAUCUCCUCAAAACAUUAUGUAAGGGUG